GGGAAAAUCAUAAGCAAAGUAAAAACACAUCAACCACCACUUUGCUCCACCAGCAAAUCUUCACUUUUUUUUUUUAUUUUUAAUUUUAUUUUAUAAUUAUUAUUUGGCAAUAUAAUCCAUAUUUAGGAAGUGAAAGCAAAGAAGAAUGGUGUGUUUCUGCUUCCUGGUCGACCAGACGAAGAAGGUGAGGCAGAGCAAGCCGGCGGCCGGAAUAUGCUCCCGGUGCGGCGGCGGGGCCAGCGUGGCCGACAUGAAAACAGCCACCAGGUUUUGCUACGUCCCUUUUUACUGGAAAACAUGGAGGGCCAUCGUCUGCACUUUCUGCGGCGCCAUUCUUAGGUCCUACCACUGAAUUAAGGAAGAAGAAGAAGAUGGAUAUUUAUAUAUGUAUAUAUAUUUCUUACAUGAAAUAUCUGCAGCAAGCUAAGGAAGGACAUUAACUCCCCAGAUCGAUGAUGAUGGUUAUGAUUAUGAUUGUUGUUUUUUUGCUAUUUUCUUGGGGUUAAUUAAUUAGUUAGCUAUGCUUAUGAAGAAGGUGAUUAAUUUUUAUUUUAUUUUAUUUGUUGAGAUUUUGGGAUGACAAAAGUUGGGUGGGAGCAACGUAACUGCUACUGACUUCAUUUAUUGAUCGAUUGAUGUGUAAAAUGGAGGAAUUAUUCAGAGACUAUUUAUUAUUGUC